UCGGAUGUAGACAUUGCUGACUGGCUGGCCAGCCUGAGCCAGCUAGCUUGAGCCCAGGGCCUCCUCAGGCACUGUGUUUCUGCUCUGCGGCAUGUCACAGAGGGAGGCCAGCGGGCCACCAGCCAUGCCAGGGGUGGGGGAUAGCCGGACUCAGGUCAAAGCACGGUUGCUACCAGGCACUGACAGGAAGAGGAGCCGCCUCAGCAGGACAAGGCAGGACCCAUGGGAAGAAAGAAGCUGGAGCAGCCAGAGGUGGAGCAGAGCUGCUCCUGGCCCUCAGGGGGCCCGGGCUCUUGGCAGGAGUGAGGCCAGUCCUGAGAACGCCGCGCGGGAGCGGAGCCGGGUCAGGACGCUGCGCCAGGCCUUCUCCGCCUUGCAGGCUGCUCUGCCUGCUGUGCCGCCCGACACCAAGCUCUCCAAGUUGGAUGUGCUAGUGCUCGCCACCAGCUACAUAGCCCACCUCACCUGCACGCUCGGCCAUGAGUUGCCUGGCCCCCCCUGGCCACCCUUCCUGCGUGGACUCCGCUACUUGCACCCUCUCAAGAAGUGGCCGAUGCGAUCUCGUCUCUAUGCUGGAGGCCUGGGGUAUUCUGAUCUUGACUCCACCACAGCAAGCACCCCCACCCAAAGAACAAGAGAUGCAGAGGUGGGGUCCCAAGUCUCUGGAGAAGCAGGUGCUCUCCUUCCCACCACAGCACUCUCACCAGCUCUUGGUGACAAAUAAUUAUCACACUCACCCUUUUCUCCUAAACUGUGACUCACUCAUGCUUAGGGACCUGGAUUUUCUGCCAGCCCCACCUGUCUUCACUCUGAUUCUCAGCCAUCGCAAUUGACGCAGACUUAGCUCCCAAGUUGCAGCAUGCAGAUCAAGAGAAGCAGUGGCACUUCUGUGACAGUACCCAGAGGACACAGGAUGGAGAGCUUCCUCCUUGGCCCCCAGGAGGGGACUUCCUCAUGGCUCUUCUGUGACAGCUACUGGGAAGUGGGAGAGAAAGAGGUAUAAUUGGGCUCACAGUCAAGUUAGGGAACCAUCCUAGCUUUCCUUCUCUAAGGUUUCUGCAAACCCUCUGCAGAUAGCGAAAAGGCAGGUGCAGAGGGAGGGGCCUGGGAUCGUACCAGCCCCAGGUGCUGAUGGGAAAGUCAGGUGGCUGGAUAGGCUUUUGGUAGCUGCAAGUGUAAACAGAUCUGGGCUGGGUCACACAGCCAGAGGGGAAACUGAAGAAGGGUACUUUCUUUUUUUUUUAGAGGCAGGGUUUCACCAUGUUGGCCAGGAUGGUCUUGAUCUCUUG